AUGUCGCGCAGCAACAAGCUGGCGCCCGAAGCAAAUCGGAUCCUCUUUGUCAAAAACCUUGCCUACGAUAUCGACACCGCCGCCCUCUUCGAUCUCUUUGGCAAAUUCGGUCCCAUACGUCAGAUCCGCCUGGGCACCUCGAAUACUACAAAAGGCACGGCCUUCGUGGUCUAUGAAGAAGUCUUGGACGCAAAACAAGCGUGCGACAAGCUGAAUGGGUUCAACUUUCGCAACCGGUAUCUGGUGGUGCUGUACCAUCAGCCGGAGAAAAUGAAGACGGAGGUCAAGGAGGAUAUUGCAGCGAGGCAGGCAAACUUAGAGAGGAUGAAGAAAGAGCAUGGAAUUGAAUAA